AUGAACGCAUCUCAAGGGACUUAUGUCUUGACAAGUGCCAAGGUGCAAAAGACAGUAAUAUUGUGUGUGCUCUCCGAAGAUGUCGUGCGUGAACUUGGAAGCGCCAAAACCAACAAACUCUCGAUUAAAUUCACAAAGGGCAAUGAGUUUUUAAGUGAUCAUACACACGAGUUUACUUGCGAAAAGAAUGACCAGAUCUCGGAAAGAGUUUACAUGAAGAAGCCAACGACCCGCAAACAAUUAAUGUAUGUGGGCGCAGUAACAGCAAGAGCAAAACCGAAAGGACAUCCUACUGAGGCUGCCAUAAGAAAACUUAGGGCUGCAACUGAAAGAGAGAAGAAACAGAAGCAAAAGGGGAGAAUAAAAGUAGUGGAUCAUUCAGGAAACACAGUAUCAGCGACGAAGAAAACGGUGGCGGGCAGAUCGAAAGCCAAGGAUUCCGCGCAAACGACAUUCUCAUCCGCAUCUUCUCAAGAUUUUCUACUGGUCCGCUCAAAAAUAUUGCAUGAUCUGGCCAUAUUAGGUGAACGGGGGAUUCAAGAAAUCGUGGAGCGAGCAGCGGCUCCAAAGGACUUGUGUAUGUCGAUAUUGGAAGAAAUUGGCACAAGGAAUGGUGGUAAGUGGAAGUUGAAGAAUGAGGCCUUCAAAGAAGUCAAGGUCCACGAAUGGCCGGAUUGGCAAGAUGAGCACAGGAGGAGAAUACGAGUUAUCGAUAAUAUGAUCAAAGCCUUUGAUGGUCUAGGCAUUCCUCUGGAUGCUCCUGAGUGGCGGAGUCUUCUCCCGCGAAAAGAUAGCAGUCACUGGAGCAUAUUCCAGGAACACCUCAAAUCUAAGGGCAAACUGCCUGUUGAGUUUGCCAAACUGGAAGAUAGAAAGAGUGUUUUCGACGUCGAUGUCUCUGACGAUGUGUCACAAGAGCAGAAAGGAAAGCGAAGACGGACGGUCGAGGUUGAGGUUGAGUCUCUGCCUAUUUCCAAUACGAAGAAGAGAACGAAUAAGACAAAACAGCAACGAUAUGAAGCCAUUAUCAAGCGGCUGGAAACCGGAGAAAACCGUGAAGGAAUGGAAGCAGCUGAGAAAUCUGCGUACGAUAAAUAUUGGAAAACUAUAAAUAGUAGAGACGAGUACGAUAAACUGGUCGAUUAUUUUGACAAAAUCUAUAUUGAAUAUAAGGACAUUUGGGAUUCAGCUAUAGUUCAUGAGCAAUGGUAUUUUGAGAUAAUAGAUAAGUUAGAGAAAGCUGAAGGCGACCAACAGAAACAUUCGAGCAUCAACAAGGAGGUGGAGAUAAAAUUUGAACCUAUUGCCGAUCGAAUACGGCGAGGUUAUGAACUGAGCAUUGAAAUUGAUGCUAUUAAAAAGGAGCUCAAUCGAGUAGAAUCUUUCUUACUUGCAGAGGAAGUAUAA